UAAAAACGGCGGGAAUAGGCUAAUGGCGUCGGGCCGGAAAAGAUCAUCUCCUUGGGGAGAGAUAAGUCCUUUGCAGUUCAAAAUGCACGUUGGAAUGAAAGAGGGAGCUACUGAUUUUGAAAAGCUUGUUGGAUGUUUAAGAACACAAGCAAGGAUGAUGGCAGCAGCAAGAAAUCUUCAUUUUCAAAUUGAUGGUAGUCGCUGCCAAUCAUGCAACGCGACUAGGCCACCGUCGUGUUGUGUAUUCUGUGAACGUCCCGUUUGUGGCGAUUGUGCAAGAAUUUGUACGGCCUGCUCACUCUCAUUCUGUCCAUUGUGUUCAACAAUACAAUAUUCAGAGCAGUGGAAAGAUGAGAAGGUCACGUGUCUCAGCUGCUUAUCAUCUUGACGAUUUGAUGAUGAAGGAGCUUUGGGUUUUGAAUAUUUUCUAUCUUACUGACUCCUAAGACAAAGCUUGCAACUCCAUCGACC